GGAAAUUGAAAAGAGGAGGGAUGAGUAUGUUGCCAAACUAUCUGAGGAACUAUCCUCUUUCAGUUCCCUGAUCAGUGAGAUGGAGCAGAAGUGCCAGCUGCCAGCAAGUGAAUUCCUGCAGGACAUCAAAGGCACCUUGAGCAGAUGCGAGAGGGAGAAGUUUCAGAACCCAGUGGCCUUUUCUUCUGAACUGAAAUGGAGAAACUGGGAAUCUUCUCAAAGAAAUGCAUCUCUGGAGACCAGAAUGAAGGAAUUCACAGACUCACUGUCGUCUAGACAGCGGUUGGACAAAGGUAAAUUUCUCCUAUCAAAGGGGGAGUGAAAACUUUCCUAUGAAUUAUGGGGGCUCAUUGGCAGCACCAUAGUUCAGGUUUUGUGUC